AUGUCAUUUGCCGUGAGGACGAACCAGACAGAACCAGACUACCAGGUUCUGUCCUUUGCGCCCCAUCGAGAAGUGCAGGCUCGAAAGUACAUUCCGCGCAAGCCGCAUCGCAAGUCAAAAGGUGGCUGCUUGGGGUGCAAGCUGAGCAGAAUCAAGUGCGACGAAGGCAAGCCUUCAUGCGCGAGAUGCCUUCGAUGUAAUGCCAAGUGCCAAUAUACUUCACCGAUCAAGGGCAAAUCACCCCACAAAGCUGCACCGUCAAAUAAGGGCAAAACAGCUACAGCAGCCAUUACUCCCUUCACACCCCCAUUCGCCUUUGGACAACCGUCCGCCAUAGCAUUGGCCGACACUUGUCUGCAAUCCAGGUCUCCAGCCCGGGGCGUCUCUCGUGUUUCGCUUCUUCACCACCUUCAACAACACUUUGACUCUUCCAAUGGCCUCGAGACCGGAGGAGGCAACAUGCCGUUCAUCGUCAGCCUCGGCAUGAGCCGCCCAUACCUCCUCGAUGUCACCUUGUCUGUGGCCGCCUGUCAUCUGCGCCACUUGUACCAGGCUAGCGGCAGUUUGAAUGAUGCCACGUCCGACACAAUAGCUGCAUGUCGAGUUGCAGAGCACUACCAGCAGUCUCUCGCCAUUCGUAGCUUCAAUCGGGCUUUGGCCGAGCCAUUCGAUCAGGAGGGAUCCGAUUCCGUCCUCAUGACCUCAAUGAUGCUCAAUCUGCUCUCAUUUGCACUUGAUGAGGACGACGACCCUUCCUUGUCGUGGGUCUUCAGCAAAGCUCCAGAUCGCCUUGCUUGGAUUUCGCUGAGCAUGGGGCUUGCUACGCUGGUGAAGAAUACCAAGCAAUUCCACGACCAAUCUAUUCUCCGCCCCAUAUUCGACGCCUCCGAUGAUGAAGAAAAGACAUAUCACGGCGAUGCUAUCAAGUCCUUAUCCAAGGUACCGUCUCAUUGGCUUCAGCUGUGUGGACUCGAUUAUGCUUCCGAUAACGCCGAGCACAUCUUUUACGAGCCAGUACGAAUUCUUGCCGGGUUGUUCUCUACCCCGGCCAACCAACAGUCAUUCUUCUUAUACAUGGGUUGGUUCGGCAAGGUGGGCGUCGAAUUCCGGUCGUUGCUCAAGCAGGACAGUGAACCGGUCAUGUGGCUCUUGGGAUGCUGGCUAGGGCUGCUGUGUCGAUUUGAUCACAUGUGGUGGCUCAGUGCAAGAGCCAGGAGGGAUUAUCGUGCCAUUUGUAUGUGGUUGGAUAAACGCAAAGUUCGAAGGCGAGCUGGUGCAGAGGGUGUGAUGUGGAGGCAGCUCAUGGUGGAUCUUGAAGGCGCUACGCAGCAACCCUGGGGGAUUGAGAUUUGGACUCUACACAGACCAGAGCCAGUCGAGAUCUGUGACUAG